AUGGAUAGAAUUGUUGCCCCCGCGGCGGGCUCUGACGCGGCCUCUCGCGAAUACGCGAGGCCGCGCGCGCUCGGGGGCCGCGCCGACGACGAGGCCCACCGCGGGGGGGGGGGCGACGAGGGCGAGGCGUUCGAGGGCGAGGGCGAGGCCCAGCAGGCGCUCUCCGAGGCUUCCUGGGUGCUCGCGGAGGCCAUCGGAGGUAGUUCGGGUCGCGCCGCGCGGGCGCGCGGUGCGGGCUUCGGCGGAACAGACCGCCCUUGCGCCCGCAGCGUCGGCGUCAGGCCCAGCAGGGCCGAGCCGGGGAGGAGGCGCUCGAGGGCCGAGCCGAGGGCGAGGGCAUCAGGUCACCCCGAUGGCGAGCGGGCCCCGCUGUUAGAUCGAACACCCUGA